GCUUUUUAAGUUGGAGGCAUCAGUUCGCCUUGGAUAUACAAGUGUGGCACCAACCAGCAUCGCCUGUGCCUGGAAUAAAGUCUGCACGAAAAAAGUUGAGGCAGACAUGGUCAUCAAUAUAGACUUCUAUGGAGACAAAGCCAAAAAAAGGGACACAGGAACAAACUGCAGGGUCAUUCCAAUGGCGAAUGAAGAAAAUAAACAACAGUUCUUGGAAAUGCUGUCUGCCUCAGGAGAACUGCCUGUUGGUCUGAGCACUUUCAAGGCUUUUGCAGACCCUUUCAAACCAAAGCCUUGGUACCAACAUCUGUCAGAUUGUUCAGAUGAUCAGGUACAGGCAAUAGAGGAAGAGACAAAAGACCAGGCAGAAUGUUCAUCUUGGCACCAGCAGAGGGUUGGGAGGGUGACAGGUACAUCAGCACACAGAGUUAUCCACACAUCUCUUGAGAAACCAUCAAAAUCACUGCUGAGGGAUAUUGUGCAGAAAGAAUCACGCAAAAAUCCGCUGAAAACACCAGGCAUCCUUUGGGGUAGGGAACACGAAAAAGAUGCAAUUGAGACAUACAAGUAUGCACUGGGCCUUACAACUGCAUAUACAGCACCCACUUUAAUUAACAUCUCCAGUGACAUAUAUAAACCCCACACAAGCAUCAGUAUUCAACGGGCAGGCUUCCGAGUUAGCAGAGAGAAGCCCUACAUUGGUGUAAGCUGUGAUGCUUAUGUACACUGCGUUUGCUGUGGAAAGGGGGUGGUUGAGGUAAAGUGCCCCUUGAAGUGGAAUAGUGAUUUGCCAGCAGACAAGAGAGGACAUCUGGACACUUUGUUGUCGCUGAGGACCAACCACAGCUACUACACCCAGGUGUAGAUGCAGAUGUUUGUGUGCAAAACAACC